AUGCUCUGGACCUACCUUUUGCUAUCCAUCGCUGCCAUCAGCACGGCCGUUCAAGGCCAUGCAAUCUCUCCUCGAGCUGCAUAUCCUGGAGGCCAGGUAGGGUACCUGCCAUUCCCUGUCGAGGACUUCUCCAAGACUGUAGCCUCUGUACAGAACACGUACUGCGGACCAAGUCUCAACGUGCCUGGUACACACAUUGGAGAUCAAACUUUGCUGUACGCUUAUGGUGAUGGCAACCUUGGUGGACAGAAGGCAAAUAUCUACCAUUCCGAGUCGUUGGGAAUUAUCGUUGCCUACGAAGGUACAAACUUUACGGGCCUCCAAUCGAUCGUCAACGACUUCAAUGCGUUCCAGGUUCUGCCAGGUCCGGACUUCAACCUUCCUCUGGGUUCGUUGAUUUUUAAUGGUUGGCAGCUCGCAUUCUACCGGACUUGGUUCCAGGUAAAGCUUGGACUACGCACCGCUCUUGCACAAUACCCGGAUGCGAACAUUGUUGUCACCGGCCACAGUCAGGGUGCCGCUAUUGCAACCCUAGCUGCAUUGGCGAUUGAAAAGGCCUUCCCGGGCAAGAUUAACAAGAUCAUCACCUACGGACCGCCCCGCGUAGGCAAUCCAGAAUUCGCUGAUGCCUUCGAUGCCGUCUUCAUUGGCAAAUAUACGGGAGUCUCCAACGGCAAGGAUUGGGUUCAGAACGUGCCCACCCAAUCCAUGGGCUAUCGCCAUCCCACGGGCAUCGUUUGGAUCAACCCGGCAAAUUCGACAUCGUGGAUCUACUUCAACGAACAGGAACCUGCAGCUGGGCCAGACUCUGUUCCUCUGCAAAUCUUCUAUCCUGGUACUCUUACCUUGGACUGGGACGAUCACCAAGGCAUCUACAUGCACAGCUCGAUGGGUGUCGCGCAAGGACCCUGUCCUGCUAAGGUUGGGGGAUACUAG